CUUGACUACCAACACCUGCAUCUCUCUCCUCGCAAUGUCGUCCCACAAGAAGCGCAGCUCAGAUGCGCACAAGUCGGGAGGGAAGGCGAACAAACAGGCAAAGACGCAGCAUCGCAGCAGCGGUGGGAAUGAGGAAGUGACGCUGAGGUGGAAGCACAGUGCGGAUGAUGCGCCCAUCGAGGCCGUCUUGGUCGACUCGCCAUCCUUCAUUCCUCCACACAACAUGAGUCUCUACCACCACGGCCCCUCCUCCUCCACGCCGCCGCACAUCGACGAUUCGCUCAACCUGGCCGCUCGCCCGCCGUCAGCACAGAAUAACAUCGUCGUCGAGUCGACGAACUGGGAUCUGGCCACCGCGACCACACAGCAAGAAGCGACAGACGCGCGCGGCUACCCCGGGCAGUACCUCGUAGGUCUCUAUGACCCGGCGACGGGGCAGGUCACCCUACACGCAUCGCCGCUCCUCAAUGUAGCGCGCAACAUCCAGGGCUCAUCGCUUCAGGUCCAAGGGAGGGCAGACUAUGCGAAAGCGCGUAGAGACUUGGGCGAGGCGUUUGGUAAUCGCAAGCAGAAGCUGGCCAUGCGCAAUGCGGAUCGGAUGAAGGUCGACACGACGGGAAUGGCCGAAGGCGUGCUGGACGGCAUUGCCACGUCCGUCACAGAGAGUACCGCGAAGGCAGCAGCAAUUGCUUCGACGAGUAGCGCGACGGACGUCGAGUCUCGCCCGAUCCCCACACCUCACCUCGACGCACCUACCCCAGACCUCGUCUACCCGCUGUCGGAGCUUUUCCCCUCGUCCAUCUCGAGCAACAUCAACCCCUCUGCCUGCCUCGCAGCAAACGAUGCAGCCCACAUCAAGCGACUUCUCCCCUCCCCCAUGUCACGCAGCCAAUGGCUCUCCAGCCGCAUCUGGAAUCGCGUCCUCGCCUCGAGGAACAACAACGCCAGCGGGGGCGAGGCGGGCGGCUCCUCCUCCUCCUCUGGCAUUCUGAAGACUAGCUCCACCCACCAAAAACAGCAGACGCGCCUCCUCCUCUUCAUCUCCUACCUCGCCUCCCUCCGUGCCCUCUCUGCCCAAUCGCGCGGUCGAAUCCUCAACGAUCGCAAGUCCCUCCGCGAGAAGCUCAAGAUUGGCCAACACAACGGCGAGGCCGAAGCUGAAGCGCUUAUUGACUCUUUACUCGCCCAGUUCUGUGAGCGCGAUCGAGCAAAGGGGAGGGCGAGUCUCACGCCAUUUGGAGACACGAAGCUGCUAGCUACCAUCUUGGCUCUCUGUCUUCAUGUCGACGGGUUCCAGAUCGAGGUAGAUGUGCUGGCUGCUGAGCUGGGGAUGGCUGCGCCCAAGUUGAAGGAGGUGGCAAAGAGUAUUGGGUGUACGGCUCGCUAUAGGCAGGUGGGUGGGGGUGCGGGAGGGGAGGGUGAAGGUGAGGAGAGCAAGGGGAGCGGGGCAGGGGCGGGUAAAGCCAAGAAGUUCAUGGUACUCAAGUGCCCCGUCACCUUGCCUGAGCCGAGUACGAGGGGGGGACCGCCAGCGAGGAGAUGA